ACGCCAUGCCGAUCCGAGCCGCCGAGACAGUCUUCCGCGACGGCGUCUUUGACGGCAAAGUCGCCAUCGUGACGGGCGGCGGUACGGGCAUCGGCAAGUGCAUCGCCCACGAACUCGCGUCCCUCGGCUGUUCCGUCGUCAUUGCCGCUCGCAACCUCGAGCGCUUGAAUGCGGCGGUCGCCGAGAUCAAGAGCGAGCUCUCGCCCAAGCACGCAGCCCGUGACUGCGUCUUUGCCGUGGCUUGCGACGUGCGCAAGGAAGACGACGUCAAGCGCUUGAUGGCGGCGACACUUGAAAAGUACCAGCGCAUCGACUACCUUGUCAACAAUGCUGGCGGGCAGUUCAUUGCACCCUUUGAAGACGUAUCGCUCAAAGGCUGGGAGGCAGUGCACCGCCUCAACUUGACGGGCACGUUCCUUGUCACCAAGUACGCGUACGAGGCGUACCUCAAGGAGCACGGCGGGUCGGUUGUCAACAUCCUCGUAAGCAUGGCGAAAGGCUUUCCGGGCUCGAGCCACAGCGGAUCGUCGCGCGCCGGCGUCGAAAACAUGACCAAGUCGCUCGCGGUCGAGUGGGCGCCGCGCGGCAUCCGGCUCAACGCAGUCGCGCCCGGCACGAUUCUGAGCUCGGGCGUGGGCAACUACUUUGGCGGCGCUGCGCUCUUUGAAAAGCUGGCGCGCAAAUUUCCCGCGCAGCGCAUGGGCACGGUCGAAGAGGUGUCGGCGGCCACGAUUUUCCUGCUGUCGCCGGCCGCGUCGUUUACGACAGGCACGACGGCGGUCGUGGACGGCGCCAUGUACCUCGAGGGCAACUUUUGGGACCUCACCGAGCACGACAACUUCCCCGUGUACGGCAAGAGCAAGCUCUAAUCGGCUCAUUUGCGCAGCUGCAUGAGACCACUCCACAUUGACAAUACAAUCGCUAUUUGUCUCUAACGAUCCAUUAACAGUGGAGAGGAACAGCGGCACGUGCACCGCCUAAAGCCACACCUAAAGUACGACGCCUAAACCAAGUCGUACGCGAUCUUCUACGCCCAGCGUGCUAGCCACUGACAUAGUCUACGUGAGCUUGUAACUCUCUUGACCGUCUGCCCUCGUGUCGCGGAUGUCAGGCCAUGCG